AUGAAACAAAAUUAUUUGGAUAUGCGUAAAUUAAGAAUAAUUUCAAUAAUAUAUGGAAUUAAUUUAGGUAAAGCACAUCAAUCAUUACAUAAAUUAUUGAUUGGAAUAGAAAUAAGUAGCUUUAGUUUUAAUGAAAAUAAUAUUAAUGUUGUUAUACUACUUGUCCAACAUAUUCGGAAAGGAAGGAAAGAAUCUGUAUAUGAACAAUUCUAAAUAUUACAAAAGAAGGAUGUGAUUAAAAAAAAUGAAAGAAGUUGCUAGAUCAUUAAAACUUUAAGCAAGACAAGUUGGAAGUGA